AAUUCCUGUCGUUUUAUUUUUUGUCAGGCAGUCGUAAGAUAGCAAUUCGCCCCGCAAGCCGCGCUAGCCAAUCCUGUAUCUCCUUUCCGACCGCUCGAUACUCCGCCAGUCCCCGCUCUCUUCCCGCCGGAACUCCGCCACCCCGCGCUCCCUUGCGCGCGAUGGCGGACCCGAUGGACGUGGACCCCGCGGAAGCAGGCUUGCGGAAGGCGCGGGAUAAGGGGAAGGGGAAGCUGGACGCGCCUCAUCACGCGCGCGCAUCUGCAGGUGAGUGCCUCUGCAGGCACGCGGCUACAGGUGCGCGGCUCAUCAGGUGA